CAACUGAACGCCGCACCCGUUGACAAGCGAGCAACUGCAUCAUGUCUGAAGAACGCCGCCCACGCUCCCGCUUUGACAGCGACGAACUCGAGCGCCCCCCGCGCUCGCGCUUCGACACGGACCGCCGCUCCAGGUCGCCGUCGCGACGAGAGUCCGAGUCGCAUCGCGCUCGCAGCCCGGUUUCUCGUGAAGGCACAGACAGCCCCGCGUCGGCCAGCUUCAAGAACAAGGCGGCCGCGGCCGCGGCGGCUGCGGCGGCGAGGAUCAACGCGCAGAUCCAGGCGAAGAAGGGCAUCCAGCACGUCGAUGUGCCGCCGAUUCGCUCUGCGCCGACGCCUCCAGUAGCCAAGUCGCCCGCGUCCAACUCGGCCGCCGCCAUUAGCAACGAGACUUACCAGCAAGACGGUGACUACAUCAAGGACAUUGAAAUCAACGAUCUCCGUAACCGCUACACACUGACAAAGGGCGCCACACAAAAGAGGAUCAAAGACGAGACUGGCGCCGAUGUCACGACUCGUGGAGAAUACUACCCUGACAAGAACAUGGCUACUGCUGCUAACCCGCCGCUAUAUCUGCGCAUCACCAGCACCUCCAAGGAAGGCCUGGAAAAGGCUGUAGAAAUGAUUGAAGAAAUGAAAAAGGAAGACCUGCCUAACCUAGUAGACGAACGCCGCUUCCGCCGUCGCGAGCCCGAGAGCUUUGAGCGUGACGAGUAUGGUCGGCGCAAGUGGCCCGAGGAAAAGAUCUCCGUAGGUCUUGAGCCCAUCAGUGGCUUUAACUUGCGAGCACAGGUUGUCGGUCGCGGUGGCGACAAUGUCAAGUUCAUUCAACAGGAGACAGGCUGCAAAGUGCAAAUCAAGGGUCGCGGUUCGGGCUUCAUGGAGCCCAACUCCGGCCAGGAGAGCGAUGAGCCCAUGUACCUCCACAUCGCCGGACCCCGCCCCGAAGGCGUAGCCCAGGCAAAGCAGCUCUGCGAAGAGCUUCUCGAGAAGGUAAAGGCAGACUACCAUGCUUUCAAGGACCGCCCACCGACGAACCGAUACGGCGAUCGCGACGGCUAUUCGGGUGGACGGCCGGGAUACGGCGAUCGCGGCGACCGGGAUAGGAGCCAGAGCUAUGGUUACGGAGGGGCUGGCAGCUAUGGUGGAUACGGCGGACACGGCGGGCAAGGAGGCCACAACGGCUACGGCGCUCAGGAUACCGUCAUGUCGCCAGCCUCCGCAACGCCCACUGCCGACGCAAACAGCCAGGCCUUUGACUCGAAUGCCGCACAAGCCUGGAUUGCGUACUACCAGCAGAACCCUGAUCAGGAUCCCUAUGUCGCGUAUGGUGGUUACCAGGCAUAUCUUACCAUGCAGCAGCAGCAGUAUGCCGCUUACUAUGCUCAGGCCGGUUAUGGACAAACACAGUCGCCUGCUCCGGGGGCUGGUGCCGCCGCCCCGCCUCCGCCGCCACCUUCAGAGCCUGCGUCUGGCUAUGGCGCUCCCCCGCCCCCGCCACCGCCAGCUGCGUCGCCCCCCAACUACGGCGCGGUUCCCCCACCGCCCGGCUUUUUCAGAAUGCGGUCGCAGAUGAUUCGUGCUGGCCAAGCAGCCAGAUGCAGGCCUCAGCUGCUUCCCUCGCUCCGCCAAUCUGUCCUACAGCCUCGAAGAUGUCUAGCUACAUCGCAUGACCUGCCCAAAGCCCGCAAUGUCGACGUUGCUUCCCGUACCCCGCCGUACGCCAAACUGCUCUCCCGCCUGGAGGAAGUACGACGUGUGCUAGGCUCCUCGCGGCAAUUGACGCUGGCCGAGAAGAUUCUCUACUCGCAUCUGGAAAACCCAGAAGAGUCUCUCCUGAGCAAUACAAAUGGCGGAAGGGACAUUAGGGGCCAGGCCAACUUGAAGCUGAAGCCCGAUCGCGUGGCUAUGCAGGAUGCCAGUGCCCAGAUGGCUCUUUUGCAGUUUAUGAGCUGUGGACUGCCAACGACAGCAGUCCCUGCAAGCAUACACUGCGACCAUCUCAUUGUUGGCGAGAAAGGCGCCGACGCAGACCUUCCACAAUCCAUUGCGGGCAACAGCGAGAUUUUCAAUUUCUUGGAGUCGGCAGGGAAGAAGUAUGGCAUCGAGUUUUGGCCACCAGGCGCGGGAAUUAUCCACCAAACCGUGUUGGAGAACUACAGUGCACCAGGAGUGAUGAUUCUGGGAACAGACAGUCACUCACCGAACGCUGGUGGUUUGGGAUCAAUUACAAUCGGUGUGGGUGGUGCGGAUGCGGUAGAUGCUCUGGUAGAUGCGCCAUGGGAGCUCAAGGCGCCCAAGAUCCUGGGUGUCAAGCUCACUGGCGAGCUCAGUGGAUGGGCUUCUCCAAAAGACGUGAUUCUCAACUUGGCUGGUCAGCUCACAGUCCGGGGUGGCACUGGCUACAUUAUUGAAUACUUUGGACCUGGCGUGCAGUCUUUGAGCUGCACUGGUAUGGCAACCAUUUGCAACAUGGGUGCUGAAGUUGGCGCGACUACGUCCCUUUUCCCCUUCUCUCCAGCACACGUCCCCUACCUGCAUGCUACACACCGUGGACCCAUUGCCGAGGCAGCUACCAAGAUUUCUCAAUCACCAAUGCAGCAGAAUCUCUUGCGACCCGACCCAGAGGCUGUCUACGACAAGGUCAUUGAGAUUAACCUCUCUGAGCUCGAACCGCACAUUAACGGACCCUUUACUCCUGACCUCUCCACCCCUUUGUCCAAAUUCAAAUCGGUAGUAGAAGAAAAGGGGUGGCCAAAGACAUUUGGGGCAGGCCUCAUUGGCAGCUGCACAAACAGUUCUUACCAGGACAUGACGCGCUCAGAGGAGAUUGUGAAGCAGGCCUCAGCGGCUGGUCUCAAGCCUAGGGCUGAUUUCUUUAUUACACCAGGCAGUGAGCAGAUUCGGGCAACACUCGAACGGGAUGAUACCUUGUCUACUUUCACAUCAGCUGGAGGUACCGUUCUAGCAAAUGCUUGCGGACCUUGCAUUGGUCAGUGGAAGCGCACAGACGACGUCAAGAAGGGCGAAUCCAAUGCCAUAUUCACAUCAUACAACCGCAAUUUCCCUGGCCGCAACGAUGGUAACCGCGCAACAAUGAACUUUCUCGCUUCCCCGGAGCUCAUCACCGCUAUGACAUACUCUGGUUCCACCACCUUCAACCCCAUGACUGACAGCAUCCCCACGCCAUCUGGCGAGCCCUUCAAGUUUGCGCCGCCCAAGGGCUCCGACCUUCCCUCCGCAGGCUUUGCAGACGGUAACCCAGACUUUAUGCCCUCACCAGCUGUCCCUGAUGCUAGUGUCGAUGUCAUCGUAUCGCCUACCUCCAGCCGUCUAGCACUUCUCGACCCCUUCCCACCGUUCCCCGAAUCCGACUUUACUGGACUCCGCGUACUCUACAAGGUCAAGGGCCAAUGUACAACAGACACCAUCUCUGCUGCUGGCCCAUGGCUCAAGUACAAGGGCCACCUGCCUAAUAUUUCUGAAAACACACUCAUUGGUGCCGUCAACGCGCAGACGGACGAAGUCAAUGUUGCUUACGACAUGGACGGCAAGACAUCGGGUAUUCCUGAGCUGGCCAAGAGGUGGCGCGACCAAGGUAUUGAAUGGCUCGUCGUGGCAGAGCACAACUACGGCGAAGGCUCGGCCCGUGAACACGCCGCUCUGCAACCGCGCUAUCUAGGUGGACGCAUUAUCCUCGCCAAGUCGUUUGCCCGAAUUCACGAGACCAACCUUAAGAAGCAGGGUAUCGUCGCUCUUACAUUCGCCAACGAGGCCGACUACGACUUGUUUGAAGCUUGCGACCAAGUAGCCACAAGGGGGCUACUGGAUGUGCUGAAGAGCGGUGGCAAGGGAGAAGUUGAGCUGGUUGUUAAGAAGAAGGAUGGUAGUGAAAAUGUCAUCAAGACCAAGCACACACUUUCGAAGGAUCAGUGUGGCUUCGUGCUUGCCGGUAGCGCACUUAACCUUUUGGCCAGGAAGGGAAGGGAGUUGAAGGAGGAAAUCACCAGGAGUGCAGAGUUGAGUGACUAGAAAUUCAAUGUCGAAAAUAUGAGUGGAAAUCUAAAAUGGGAAAAGGCGCAUGGCGGCUGUAGUUUUGUUCAGGUUUUGCAAGCAAUGGUUAUUCCGGUAUAUAAAUAGCGCUUGCAAAGCUGUGGUCUAUGAGUUUUUUUGGACGAAUGGUUGAAGUCAAUGUAACUGAUAGCUGUAAAAG